AUGUAUAAUCCACAUGCACCUAAACGUAUUCGAACAGCUUAUACAAAUAAACAAUUAUUAGAAUUGGAAAAAGAAUUUCAUUAUUCAAAAUAUUUAUGUCGACCAAGACGUGUAGAAAUUGCAUCGACACUUUUACUAACUGAACGACAAGUCAAGGUUUGGUUUCAAAAUCGGCGAAUGAAAUAUAAAAGACAACUGAUGUUACAAGAUCCAAAAUUAGCUGAAGAAUUUGAAGCGAAUGAAAUGAAUGAAGAUGAUGCAAGUAUAGAUGAAACAGAUAUAUCAAGUCCAAAAACUAUGGAACGUUUAAUUCGUCCAAAACGUAAAGGAAAAAUAAAAGAAAACAAAUGUACAUCACAUUCAUGUAGUUCAAUAAAAAAUGAUCCAUGGUUAUAUGAUCAGAAAGAAGGGGGAGAAUCUUCGAAAGCUUUAGAAAAAGUAAAUUCAAUCGAAAAACUUGAUUUAUUAUCUGAUCAACAAAUUCAAGCAUGUUCAACAUCACCAAAAAUAGCUAAAAUUGAACAAACAUCACCUGUUCAUAUUGAAGAUUGGACAAAUCAACAACAACAACAACAACCAUCAUCAACAACAAUGAUUACACCACCACCAACAAUGACAACAACUUCAAGUUGUGAUACAAUAAAUUGUUCAUGUUGUGAUUAUGAAGGACAAUUUUAUCCAUCAUCUUCUUCAUCAUCAUCAUCUUAUAAUUCUCAUUAUUAUACAUCGUCUCAACAACAACAACAACAGCAACAGCCAACACCAUCUCAACAUAUGACAGUAAAUGUACCUGUUGUGGCUAAUUUUCAACUUAAUGUUAAUACAACACAUCCUGGUUAUCCACUGGCUAGUUCAAAUAAUACUAAUAAUAAUCAUCAUCAACAUUAUAAUGUACCACCAAGAAAACAAAAUAUGUAUUAUCAACAACAGCAACAACAACAAGCAGCACUAUCACCUUCAUCUUACUAUCGAACUGGAUAUCCAACUGCAAUGAAAUAUAAUCAACAACAGUCAACACCAAUAUAUCAUCAACAACAAUAUACAUCACCAUCUCAAACAUUUAUUGAGAAUAAUAAUCAUUUUCCUAUUUCAUCAGCGUAUCAUCAUGAUUUUAUAUAUGGUCAUCGUCAACAUCAUUCAAUAUCAUAUAAUGCUCUUAAUGUUAAUCAUCAAUCGAAUGGACACAUCUAUCAUCAAUUAUAA